CAACCUUCGCUCCUCUAAGGGAAACAAACAGUCAGUCGACGUGUGGGUCGCAAAUUUCUGCAGUGAGGACUUUGUCUGUUUUCGCUCAACAGUUUCUUCUACAGUGUCACGUCGGUAAUACUUUCAAUGAUGUUUAACAGGCAAAACAGCCUGUGGAUGGGUGACUUGGACCCAUAUAUGGAUGAGAACUUUGUCAAGCAGGCCUUUAGUGGUAUGGGAGAGUCACCGUUGGGAGUCAAGAUCAUCACUCACAGGAUAACAGGUGGCUCUGCGGGUUACUGUUUUGUGGAGCUGGCAGAUGAAGCGAGCGUCGACCGCUGCGUACAAAGACUCAACGGAAAACUGGUCCCAGGAUCAAACCCGCCCAGGAAGUUUAAGCUAAAUUAUGCCACAUAUGGGAAACGUCCAGAAGCAGGGCCGGAGUUCUCAGUGUUUGUGGGAGACUUGGCCUCUGAAGUGGAUGACUUUCAGCUGCAUCAGGUCUUUAAGAAGUACCCUUCCUGCAAAGGAGCCAAAGUAGUCACCGACCAGUACGGCUAUUCAAAAGGCUACGGCUUCGUCAAGUUUGGUGACGAGAGCGAACAGAAGGCGGCGAUAGAGGAGUGCCAGGGAACCAUGCUGGGGGGGAAAACCCUGAGGCUCAGCAUCGCUGUGGCAAAAAGCCAAAAGACGACCUACCCAGCAGGCCAGACUCAGAGUUACAGUAGCUACAACCCGACACAGUCCGGUUACUACGGCAGCCACGCAGCAGGAAGUCAGGGCGGUUACUAUCCUCAGUGGGGGGGCUAUGACCAGUACAGUGGCUACAACAGCAGUGGUUAUGGCUACAACAGUGGAUACAACAGCGGCUACAAUAGCAGCUACAACAGCGGCUACAACUAUAACUAUGGGGCUUAUGGUUACCCCCCAUCAGGUCACAUGAUGCCCCCACCUCCCAUGGGGAUGCCUCCCAUGUCCACUGACAUGACAGGAGCUGUACAGCAGGGCCAGGAGCAAGCUGAAGAUGCUGAUGACGACAGCACAGAAGAGCCCAUCCCUGAAUGUGACGUGGAGCUGUGGAACAAGGACUUUAUGCAGCACAGUGAGGAGCUUUAUGACGCUUUGAUGAACUGUCGGUGGGAACCUUUGGACUCUGUUGACUCCCCUAUCCCAACCUUUUCCUGAUGUCUCUUUCAUCAACCAAUUCUUCAGUUCUUUUUUUAAGUCAUUUUUUUACGUCCAAAAUGUGUCGCAGCAAACACAUCUUAGAACACGCCGGCCAGAGCUCUGUGUCCUACAAAGAAAGGCUGGUCGUAGAUUCAGUCACUCUUCUUCCUCUGCAGACACUGCAAACAGACAUUGACUGGAUCAGAUUUGUCAGCCUUUUGGUAACAAACGGGAAGUUGGUGAAGAAGUACGGAUACUGUGAAGAUCAGGUGGUCUCUGUUCAGCAGAACUAGAAGAGCUGGAGCCGACUGGCACUCAAAGGAUGUUGUGUGGCGGUAUUUCACCUAUUAAUGUUAACGAGGAACAAACAUCAGGUUCCAGUGUUCACCAAACUCAAUGUUUCUUUCAGUUUCAUAUUGUCUCCAGGAUCAUUAUGCAGAUAAGAAAUCAGUUUUGUUUGGGUUUUUAUUUAAGGACUCUUAUGUUUCUCUCUCUGUUGGUUUGCUGAAUUUUAAACUGGAUUGUGGGACGAAGGUGGCGGUAUGGAGCUACCAAAAGAAUAGGAAAUGUUUUCAGCAUCCAGAUGAAAUGGAUUGGAUGAAUGGUGUGCAUCUCUGAGAUGUUUUAGAUGCAGCUGUAAGGUUUGUGUGAAGAACCAGCUGAACUGAUGGUAGCCUUUAUUUUCUGCUGCAUAGUGGAAUAAUAUUUUGUAUAUAUUGUCUUUCUGAAGAUGUUUUAUCAAUAAACUAUUAAAUACCA